AUGGGCAAACGGAUCAUCGUAACUGGUGGCUCCGGAAAAGCCGGGCAACAUGUCAUCUCCUAUCUCCUUGACAAAGGCCAUGAUAUCCUCAAUCUGGAUCUAGUGCCUCUGCCAGGCGAUCUGGGAAGCCGAGUUCAUACCAUGCGCGUCGAUUUGACAGACAGCGGCCAAGUCUACAGCGCAUUUACCUCGCAUUUCCAUCUAACGGAACCCUUCCGCGAGCCACUACGUCUUGUCCCUGAUGCAGUCAUUCAUCUGGCUGGUUACUCUCGCAACAUGAUUGCUCCCGACAACGAGACUUUCCGCGGAAAUGCAUUAUCCACCUACAAUGUAAUCGAAGCCGCGUCUCGCCUCAAUAUCAAAAAGAUCAUCACUGCCAGCAGCAUCACCGUUUAUGGAGUGAGUUAUGCUGAGGGAGAUGUCGAGUAUCCAUCGUACCCGGUGGAUGAAGACGUCGAUGCGAACCCGAUGGAUACAUAUGCCAUCUCCAAAGUCUGCGGCGAGCGCGUUGCCCGCGGCUUUGCCCGUCGAUUCGGAAACGAUAUCUAUGUGCUUCGUAUUGGCAGAGUGGUUGCACCCGAAGAGUAUAAAGAGGCCAUGUUUGAGGAUUAUGUCAAGAACCCUGAUGCGUGGGCACCACAUGCUUGGUCGUACAUUGAUACGCGGGACCUUGGGCAGAUAUGUGAUCUCGCGGUGCAGAAGGAUGGGUUGGGAUUCCAGAUUUUCAACGCUGUGAACGAUGAGAUUACAAACUAUACCAGUUCGACGACAGAGUUUCUCAAACGGGUGUCUCCGCAUGUACCUUUUACCAAGGAAAUGGGACCGCGAGAUGCCCCGGUAUCCAAUAAGAAGAUCAAGGAGAUGCUCGGUUUCCGCCAGAACCAUCCCUGGCAGAUACACUAUGAAGAGGGCUCUAAAUGA